GCCGCUAUGUUGCAAUACUGAGUAUGGAAGGGGAGAGAAAAGAAACGUUGUGAUAUGAGCUUAUGACCCGUAGCUGUGCACGACACGGGCUUUCUUUUAUCGCGGCGGUGCGGAACGUGCAAGGUGACGGGUUCAGUGCAGGUUCCCUUGUGGACAACUUCUAAAGAUGGCUUUGCAUAUGCGCUUGGUCUUUCCCUAUGCCGUAUCUGGAGUGCUGGCUCUUAUCGGUUGUUGGUGGUUGUUUUCUCGGAAAAAAGAUCCGCGCAGUAAAAAACAUAAAAGUAUAACUACCCCAUCAGAUAAAGUGCAGGUAGACGAACAAAAUGAAUUUGUUCUCACAGAAGACAUAGUAAGUUGUUUAAGGGAACAGCCUGUGCACCUGAACAGAACCGAUGCAUCAACCACCAGCUCUUUGUCAUCAGGAGAAUUGGGGAAUUUCUUGAUCGAAUGCAGCUCUCUGGAGAGCAUUCAAAGUGAACCCAAGACUGAAACUAUAGUUGUGUGUACCUUUAAGGAGAUUGAGAAUAAUUCUGAAUUCUGUAGCACUGGGAAUAGCAAAACAUCUAAUGGCACAGCUGGCUCUGUAGAAGAUCUCUGUGUAGCCUCUGCUUUAGAUUCUGCACAAACUCUGCUUGGUUUACCUAAUGGAACAAAUGUUGCAGUGUCCCAUGAUGAUGCUUCUGGGGGCUCUGAGGAAGUAAGCAUUAUUUUUGCACCUCACGAAUCUGUUAGUGUGUUAAAGCUGGAUACCGAUUCUCUUAAGAGUGCAGCAGUCAAUGAAGACAUUGUUAGUUUGUGUGAACAGACAGCUCCCACACACUUAGAUGCUUUGUCAUGUAUAACAGAAAUCAUAACUAAGACACCCGAUAAGCCAACAGAGGAUAAACAGUUACAUGUUGCACCUGUAACAAAUGAAAGUGGAGAGCAGGUAAUUCUAAUGUCUGGGCAGGAAUGCAAUGGUUCCCUCAAGUUUAUUACUACAGAAUUGUGUUCUCAUCCGCUGGAUUUCCCAGAAAUCGCUUUAACUGAUGAUUUGAAUGUGCAGACCACUAUUAAUGAAAAUGUUGAGGCCGAUGUUGAGGAGGUUGAAGCAGUGGUUGAAAUGUCAGUCUCCGUACCAUUUUCUCUGUCAACUACAAAUGAAGGACAUAUAAUAUUUGCGUCGGUCUCGAGAGCACAAGCAUGUCCGCAGCAAUAUCACUCACAGACAGAUAAAAACAAUGUUCAGUUAGUUAAGGUGAUUGGAGGUGGUACUUUGGAGCAAGAAGGAAUUGAUGCAUUAGAGCAAGAGAAGGUUAACAAAGGAAAUACAUUAAAUAGGGAUACUGUAAUAAUGAGAGAAAUUGAUUCCCCAAUGCUGGACAUACUGCCUGCCAGCUGUAUUGAGACUGUCAGUGCUGGUACCUUGAGAGAAGAUAAAUGUGCUGUUGUGAUAAGUGCAUAUUCCCAUUGCUUAGAAAAAGCUGAAAAGUUUGUGGCAUCAGGUGAUGUGGCUGACAGUUUAAAAGGGAAUGCAAAGAAGAUUUUUGGAGAUUAUGAUGCAAAAAUGGUUGAGCAGUUGGCAAUAAAUAUAAUUUCCAAGGUUAUUGUUGCUGCUAAACAGGAAAUCCUGUCCGGCAAAGUGAGUGAUAUUUUAGAAAACAGUUGCCAAGAACAGGAUACAGGGAUUGAAGAUUCCCAGCUGCAAGAGGCCCUAAAUUUAGAAGAAAGCCAGCAGGUUAUACAGGAGCAGAAUGGUUUGGAUUCUGGUUUGCAGAGUGACAGUUUUACUGUUAAUGAUUUAGCAUGUGAAUCUCUACAAGCAGAACAAAAGGAUGCAGAAGACGUAAGAAAUACAUGCAAUGUGGUUCAUGAUUUUUGGUCAGAGCAGCAGUCUGCAGAAGCAGAAUAUAUUGAAAAAGACUUUGUUCACAGGACAAAAAAAGAGCCUGAUUUUAGUCCAGUACACAAAGGUGUAGAUUCCUUUGAUGAAGCUCAUGAAAUCAUAGAUGACUCAAAUCUAAGUUCCUGUACAUCAGAAGAUGGGAUUUGCAUUGAGGAGCCAUUGCAGAGCACUGUGUUGUCAGGUGUUGGCAUAGGCUCAUAUGAUUCGUUGAGCACCUCCUGUAUCGAGCACUUAAGUAUGUCCAGUGACCAAGUCAAAAAAUGUAAUCCAGUGGAAACCAAGAAUUUACCUUACAGCAAUGGGGAUUUGAAGAGAACUUCCCCAGAUUCAAAAAUUGAAGGUCAAUGGAUACCCGAAACUGAAGCGGAUCACUCAGGAGGGUCAGAUGUAAAUAGCAUGGACUCAGUGGACAGUGGUUGUGCUCUUAAGACCGAACAACUUCAGAAUGUCAAGCGAACAGAUGCAAAGAAAGCAGAACUUGUCAUCUGGGAGAUUGAAGUGCCAAAGCAUUUGGUAGGUAGAUUAAUUGGGAAACAAGGCAGAUUUGUGAGCUUUUUGAAGGAAUCUUCUGGUGCCAAAAUUUACAUUUCAACCCUGCCUUACACUCAAGACUUCCAGAUAUGCCACAUAGAAGGUUCCCAGCAGCAGAUUGACAGGGCACUUGUUCUAAUCGGCAAGAAAUUCAAAGAAUUGAAUCUCACCAACAUCUAUGCUCCUCCACCAUGCGUAGCAAUGCACUCUCUUCCUAUGACAUCCUGGCUUAUGCUCCCAGAUGGUGUCACUGUCGAAGUAAUUGUUGUUAAUGUAGUGAAUGCUGGACAUAUAUUUGUACAGCAGCACACGCACCCUACGUUUCAUGCCCUUCAGAGCUUGGACCAGCAGAUGUGCCUCUGCUACUCACAACCUGGAAUUCCCACCUUGCCUACCCCAGUGGAAGCUGGAGUUAUCUGUGCAGCACCUGCUGAAGAUCAUGCAUGGUGGAGAGCCCAGGUUGUAGCCUAUUUUAAAGACUCUGAAGAAGUAGAAAUAAGAUAUGUCGACUAUGGUGGAUAUGAAAGAGUAAAAGUUGACAUUCUGAGGCAGAUCAGGUCAGAUUUUGUUACACUACCCUUCCAAGGAGCCGAAGUUUUACUGGACAAUGUGAUUCCACUUGCAGAAGAGGAUCACUUUUCCACAGAGGCAGAUGAGGCUGCAACUGAAAUGACAAGGGGCACAGCACUGCUUGCACAGGUUACAAAUUAUGAUGGCGCAACAGGGCUUCCUCUGAUUCAGUUGUGGAGCAUGAUAUCCGAUGAGGUGGUAUCAGUCAAUAGAACUCUUGUGGAAAGAGGCUUUGCGCAAUGGAUGGACAGCUUUUAAACUAGCAGCCUGAUUUUACAGCCAUUUUCUAAAGCAACACCCCUCCUUGUACUGUAUUAGACUUGGCACUCAGUAAUUACUUCUUUUUUUUUUCUCCUCUCUUUAGUGCUCUCCAGUUUUCAUACUGCAUUGACUUCAUGUACUUUCACAUGGCCUGUGAAUAUUUACAAAAACAGACCACUGAAAGAUUGACAAAACAAGCCAUACUUCUUACAGCUUUAACAUCUUCUAAGUGGGCCUUGCAUUAGUUGGUGUGUGUGCAAUAAAAUUGGCAUCACAGAACUGUACAUUCCUUAUAUUGUAAAUGUAGUGGAAUGGACAAUGCUGCAGGAUAUAAAAUCAGGGAUCAAAUGGAAACGUCCUCCGCUUUCUUUCUGGUGAAUUAUGCAAUUAUACUGUGGUGAGGUUGAUCUACUGGAGGAGCAAGGGACUUAUUCCUUCAAAUCUAAAAAUAAGGUUUUAUUUUUGUGUGCACAUUUUCUGGAACAUUCUGUCUGCCAAGUCUGAUGUGUAAUUUAUAAUUUUGUAGCUGUGCAAAUCUUUGUAAAUAUAAUAUAAUAACAGAUCACUAAUAUUUUGUAUUGAAACACUGGAGGAGAAAACGUGAAUAACAUUUCACACCAUCGUUGGUCAUCUGGAAACAGUUUGUAGCACAGGAUCAUGACGCCACUAAUUCAGGGUGGUUCUGUGUACAAAAUUGUGUGGUCAGAUUUGACGUACAGUCUAGUGUUGCUGUGAUCUAUUUGCUACUUUGCUGUACAGAUGUAAAAAGUAACAAAAAAAAUGGAAAUAAUAUUGCAUUGGUGUGCUUUUUAUUUCAUAACAAAUUUUUAAACAUGUUAAAGUAAUAUAAAUCCACUGGAAAUGUUCUGUAAAAUGCUAUUGUUCUCUGUUCUCGUGGAGAACGGGGUAUGAAUAAAUAAAGCACUGAGCUUGAAGCAUA